CUUCACAGACUUCGACAUUAGCUCCUUCGACUCCUGUUGUUCCACUUCAUGAUCCAUCCUACUUAAGCACCCAUCCUCCACCUUCCAUUCCUCCUUCACCUCCUAUCCCUUCACCUACUACUUCGUCGUCUCCUCCACCUUCUCCAGAUUUGCCCACUGAUUCCAAUCCUAUCCCGCCUGAUACAUCAGCUCCACUCCGACGUUCUACUCGCACUAAACAGCCUCCAGCUUGGCAUAAGGAUUAUGAGAUGUCUUCUGGAGCCAAUCAUUUAACCUCUAGCUCAAGUCCCGGCACUGGCACCAGACAGAACCUAAAACCUAUGACGAGGCAGUUGGCGACCCUUUAUGGCAGCAGGCUAUGAAUGAUGAAAUUGCAGCUUUGGAACGUAAUCAUACAUGGUCUCUCGUUCCUCUA